UGUUCAUGGUCAGGUGCUCUUCUUUUUGUGAAUGCCGAGCACCAUGGUCGUCGCCAGUCGCCAACGGUCUUCGAUCGAAAGAUAACAAUAAAAAUGCAGGAUCGCACGGUGGAUCUUCAUUGGUUCACGAAGGUGACUGAAUCGGUUGGAUGGAGGCUUCCAUGCACGGUUCCACCCCAACCACAACCCCAAGCGGCACAUCCUCACAUAUCACAGCUGCAUUGUGCCUUGGCAGCUUGGCAGACUCCAUUCAAGGCGUGACGACUGUCACUCGAAUCGAAUCGACUCUUGACAGCAGCCAAGGCACCAACAACUCGAGAAUUGAAUUGACUGCUCCCACCAGCAUCCCCCGCGACCUCAAGCCUCAAGUUGCAGAGGCACAAGGCAAGAUGGAAGCACCCGUCCAGAUCGGACAAUUCAUCCUGGGCAAAAACCUGGGUAUCGGGGCUUUUGGAAAGGUCAAACUUGCUACCCAUGUGGUGACAGGACACAAAGUAGCUGUGAAGAUCCUGAAUAAGGCAAAAAUCAAACAGCUGGGGAUGGAAGAAAAAGUCCAACGAGAAAUCAACAUCUUACACCUGUGCACCCAUCCUCACAUUAUUCGGUUGUACGAAGUCAUCGAUACCCCUACAGAUAUCUUCUUGGUUAAUGAAUACGUCUCGGGAGGGGAGCUAUUCGAUUACAUUGUGUCCAAGGGGCGUCUAUCCGCCGACGAGGCCAGGAAUUUCUUCCAUCAAAUCAUUUCUGGAGUGGAGUACUGCCACUUCCAAAAAAUUGUUCAUCGCGAUCUCAAGCCGGAGAACCUUCUGCUCGAUGCAAACUUGAAUAUUAAGAUUGCUGACUUUGGGCUUUCCAACUUGAUGAGAGAUGGAGAUUUCCUGAGGACAUCUUGUGGUUCUCCCAACUACGCCGCCCCGGAAGUUAUCAGUGGUCAUCUCUAUGCUGGGCCUGAAGUGGAUGUAUGGUCUUGUGGAGUCAUCCUUUAUGCAUUGCUGUGUGGUUCGCUUCCCUUUGACGAUGAGUCCAUUCCAAAUCUCUUCAAGAAAAUUAAGAGCGGAAUGUACAGCCUACCAACUCACUUGUCACAAUUGGCCAAAAACCUUAUCCCACGCAUGCUGGAAGUAGACCCGAUGAAGAGGAUCACCAUUCCUGAAAUCCGGUUGCAUCCAUGGUUUCAACACAAACUUCCACCUUAUCUACGACACCCACCAGAGCUCAUGGAAAAACAAGAACGUGUAGUUGAUCGUGAAGUCAUUGAUGAAGUCAUGAAACUACCUUUUCACAAGGCCUAUGGGAACCUGUGCCCCAAUGGAAACCAUUUGAUGAAUGGUGUUGUGAGUAUGCCCCAGCACCAGUUGCCACAAGGCAUUAUCACUCGUGAACUUGUUGAGCGAGCUGCUGCUUUGGAAGACAAUCGAGACUCAGGCACACCAAAGGUCUUGAGGGAUCUUCGUUGUGCCUAUGAGCUCAUCCUGGACCAUAAGCACACCAGAUUGCGGGUGAUGGAGGUUGCCAGAGCUAUCAAGGAAGCAGCCAGUGCUACUCCGCCUGCAUUUAGCCCAGGCGGUUCCAGAGGAACAACCCCUGGAGGAAGUCAUUAUGGCGGGAAUAGGUACUCAUCUGGUGGAAGCCACGAUGGAAGACAGUAUGGCAAUACUUACUCAUCCACAUCAAUGUCCCCCAGUGCUGCUGCUCAUGCAGGGUCACCAUCAAAUCAAGCUAGAUUAGCAGAAGAAGCGGCCAGAGCUCUCAUGCAUCCAGGUGGUGGGCACCAAUCCCAAUAUCAAACGCCUGGUCAACAGUCACCGAGUCCUGUUGGAGUAGGUGGGCCUCCUGUCGUGCAAAUGACUUCCUCCAUCCCGGGGAACACUGGCAUGAUUGCCCAGCACCAACACGGGAGACGAACACGUAGGUGGUAUCUGGGUAUUCAAAGUAAAAAGGACCCCGCACAUGUCAUGAACGAAGUGUACAAGGCACUCAUGGCGUUGGGGUGUGAAUGGUUGCAGUUGUCGUCUUACCGAAUCAAGUGUAAGUGGAGACCAAAUGUACCUCGAGGAGGUUUCCGAGCGGCUGCAGGUACUUUUGGUAUAGCCCCGCCCGCUGGAGGGGAAAUGCCACAGGGCGCUUGGAGCAAAGCUGAUGCCGACGGCGAAGCGAUGGAUGUUGAUGCAAAGGAAAGAAAAGGUAUGGCAAAAGCUAGGAUGAAAAUCAUCGCGGGAGACGAUGGACAUCUUGCUAGGGUCCCAAACCUUUCAAUGCACGACUAUUCGAUCAAGAUUGGACUCACCUUGUACAAGGUGCAGCAGAACAUCUACCUUCUUGAUUUCCAAAAAGUAUCUGGCGAUGCCUUCUCGUUCAUGACACUGUGUGCCAACAUAAUCACAGAGUUGAAGACCCUGAGCGCUGCAAGCAAACAGGCGCAGCAGGCUUUGUUGGCGCAGCAGCAAGCUGCCGCAGCCGCCGCGCAGCAACAGCAUUUUCAAACCAUGCCAAAGUGAUUCUUAGACUAUGUAGUUUUCCAGCGGUAAAGUAGCUGUUCUAUUUUUGGAAUC